AUGCAUUGUGAAGUACUGGAAGAAAAACCGAAUGGUCUAUCGUUUCGAGAUGAAUGUGAUUUGCCAAAUUCGAUCAUUGUAACAAAUGUACCUCCAGAGGUGUUUUCUGACGAUGAACAAAAAGCAAAUUUUUCAAGUUUAUUUACGGAAAUUGAAAGUGAUGCUCAUUUUGAUUUUCUACGAAGUUUCCGACGAGUUCGUGUGAUUUUCCGUUCUGCGAAAAGCGCCACAGCGGCGAAACUUUUAACGCAACAUUUGUCGUUCAACGGGACGACCUUAAAAGCAUUUUUUGCCCAAGUCAGUUGCAUUAUUUCUUGCACAGCUAAUAAAAUACGACUAGAAGAAUCCGCGGAAGAUAACCUGUUAAAAUUGCCACCGCUUGAAAAACAGUUUUUGAUUUCUCCUCCAGCUUCUCCGCCAGUCGGUUGGGAACAGUGUACCGAAAUGGCCCCUGUUGUUUGUAAUUUCGAUUUGAUGGCGAGACUGGCAGCAUUCAGCGUCGAAGACAGUUAUGAGAUAUUUGGAGGUGACGAUGAUAAACCAAAAAUCGUUGUGCAGCCAGCUGCAGAAUCUGAUGAGUCGCCAGUACCGCAGGGCUCCAUUGCCCACACACCACGCCCACCGACCCCACGACCAACACACAAACACAUAACAUGUUGA